GUUUCGGAUCAGAAGCCACUGGGUUGUUGGUCGGUUAAACAUGGGCAGAUUAUCACCUGUCCAGUUGUAUGCAACUUUGAAACUCAUGAAUAUAUAGCUGUUCAUGAUGACAAGGUUUUAAGAAUAUGGAAGAACAAAGAUAUUAACUUGGACAAAGUAUUUAAAGCAACGCUUUCAGCUGAUGUGUACAGAAUACAUUCUCUGCCCAAUGGAGGGCCAGUGGUACUGUUCAAAGGAGGUGGUGUUCGGACUUUAGAUGUCCUUUUGGAAGCCCCGCAACAAGAAAUUGAAAACAUUAUCUCAGAUGAAGUCAUCAAGUGGAGUGAAGCCUUUAUGGAAGGUCAACAACCUGUCUUAAUUUUCACUACUGAGAAAGAUGGGAAUUUUUUUGUCUACGUACAGAAACUUAAGAUGAAUAGUCUACACAAAUACAAGCUUGAACAACAGGAAUUAUCUAAGCCACUGAUUUUCACAGCAUAUAUGAAAAACCAAAUUAUCACACUUCUGUGUUUGUAUUCCAAUGACUCUGUGUACAAGGUUCUGAUACCUCUGCAGCAAAAUACUGAAGAGGAAGAGCAAAUUUUGUCUAAGUCACUAUUACUAAACCUUUCAGUGUCUGGAAGUGUUCUAAAAGGAACUUCUUUUGUUGUGCUUGAUAAAGACCACGUCGCAGUAUUAGGAAGUCUAGCUGCAUCUGGUGAAGAAUCCAAAGAGUGCCUGACAAUAUGGAAUACAAAAUUUCAGACAUUGCAGAUCUCAAAGGAGCUGCCUCUGGGAACCAGUGGACAAUUGUGGUGUUACGAGGAGAAAUUUUUUUUGACUCAUGGGAAAGUGCUAACAGUAAUUAUGUACAAGUGUGAAACAUCAUCCUUGGCAGCCGCUGUGGGAAAGCUCAAGGACAGUCAAACCCCUGAUGUGUCUUCGUUUGUAAACUGGAAUACCCUUGAAGAUGAAGAGCUGGUGGUUUCCUUCCAAUCACAGCAGUCUGUAGCUCUGAAGUCUGAGUCCGGAAUGACUUUAAGAUCGAAAAGGAACACUGCUGCUAAAGUGCAGCCAGAUACCUUAUCAGUUGGGCAGCUCUUACUAAAUCUAAAGGAUGCUUCUACAACUGCAUUUGAAGAUGAAUUGAGACAAUUGAUGUCAAAAGCACAGAUGCCAGAUUUCCAAGCCACCAUUGGAUGUGUAAUAACUGCUCUUAUAAACAGAUGUAAAACAAAUCCGAAGUACUACCCUCGAAAUUUCCUGCUACAGAUAGUCCAAACCCGAGACUUGUCUUACAGUUUAUGUCCAGAUUUAAUGGCUGUUGCUUUGGAAAAAAAAGACGUGCAUCUCUUACAAGUCUGCUUACAACGGUUUCCAGAUAUUCCUGAAGAAAUUACUUGUGCUUGCUUGAAAGUAUUUUUAAGCAUGAGUGACGCCUAUCUUCAAAGAAUAGAUGUGAAUCUAGAAUCUGUAAUCUGUUAUAUUGAUAUUGAAUUCAACAAUAAAGAAGUUAAAACUGAAAUUGUAGAAAAUGGUUUCAAUGCAGAGCCGGAACAAGACAUCUGGGAUACUAAAAUCACCAAUGAAACCCACCGACCGGCUGAUGGUGAAUUCUGCCCUGUUGGACCACAGAAGGCAGCGUUAUUAAAUGCUGUUCUUCAUUCAGCUUACAGCGAAACGUUUCUUUUGGCUCACCUGAAAAACCUUCCAGCUCAACAAGCUGUUCUGUUUCUUAGGUACUUAUACUACCUGUAUGUGAAAUGCAGUGAAAAAAUUAAUACCACUCUUCCCGGAAUACACUCUCCAACUGUAAACCAGAUUAUGGAUUGGAUGUGCCUAUUGCUUGAUGCUCACUUCACAGUUAUGGUGAUGCUGCCGGAAGCAAAAGAGUUGCUUUCAAACCUUCACAAGUUUGUGAGAGCCCAAGUACGAUUCUACUCUGAACUUAACAAGAUUGAAGGAAGUUUGCGAGAAUUACAAAGACUUAACCACCAGAAAGACUCUCAGACAUAUUCUAUUGAAGUGCUGGAACUUAUUUGA